CCAUCCACUACCUACUCCAUCCAAGUAGCGGCAGUCAACAGUGCUGGUACUGGCGUCUACAGUGACCCAGAAACAGCUGAAACUCUUCCAAGUGUCUACCUCAGUCUGGAUGGUGAAAUCAUCACGAAUCAUAGCUAUGUGGAUAUCAGUGAUAUUGGCUCUCCUGAUAACACUGCUCUACUGUGUAUCACUAACUGUCCUGGUAGUCCUACUCCAGGAAACUGGUUUGCUCCAUCUGGGGCCAGAGUAGGUGACGUGAUUCCUGUUCCAGGAUUUACCAGAAACAGAGGUCCUAUGGUAGUGAGACUGAAGAGGACCACUGGUACUGCAGCUGAAGGAAUAUAUCACUGUGUGGUAAUGGACAACACAGAAACUGACUGGACAGUUUAUGUGGGAAUAUACAAUGGAGGAGGAGACAUCUCAACAACUGAGGAGCUGACAGUGAAGUCAGACCUCAAUGGAGCCAGUCCUCAGUUCACCCUCACCUGUAUCUCCACUGGUGGACCUGCUACCACUGUCACUUGGACCAGAGACUCCACCACUGUCACCCAAGGAACCCAGACUGUGUUGGAUGACCCAGUGACUGCACAGUACACACACACUCUGACUGUGACUACUGGAGGACAAUACACUUGUACUGUGGCUAAUAACAAGCCAUCUACUGCCUCAGCUAGCUUCACAUUGCAGGGUCCCCCGUCUCCCACUGACGUGACAGCAGUCCAGGAGGUCCCACUAGUAUCACUGUGACCUGGACUCCUCCCUCUCCUCUGGGAGGUACCACUGGCUACAGGAUCUCCUACACUGGAGGCAGCAGUGGUAGUGAGACUGUCAGUGGUGGAGAUACCAACAGCUACACUCUGACUGGUCUCACCAAUGGACAGACCUACACCAUAUCCAUUGUAGCAAUAUCUCCAAAUAGACCAUAUAGUGCUCCUUUUGAAGUUCAAGGAAUCACAUUAGUGGGUGUUCCAGAGAAACCAACUGUAGAUAUUGAGACCGCGCCCACCAUCACUAUCUCCUGGAGCCUUCCUCCUGAUGUAACUGGCUCUGAGGUGAGUUGGGAGCUGACAGAGCAGAUGAGAAGAAGAAGAGGAGUCUGCAAUGCUGAGGGAGGGACUAGUGGACCACUCUCUGCAGACCAGGACAGCUACACUAUCGACA